AUGAUGGAGAUUGAGUCUAAACGUGUGGAGACCAAAUCGACGGAUGAGUCUGUAAAUGUGCCUCAUAGUAACUAUCAGACAAGACAUGACCCGUGGAGAAGAUCAAGAUAUCAAAAUGCCACAUGCAUACCGGGUAAAUCUAAUCUCAAAUCUUUGAAUUUUGUUAAAGCUAAGGAUAGAAUAACUACCUUUUGUGAUCCCCAUGUGUUUCAGGAGAAAUCUAAGGGUGGGCAGACUGUAACAGAAGAUGUUAUAGUCAGAUUCAGAGGAUGCUUUCACUGUGGAAAACGCGAACAUAAGUGGCAGCGAUGCUUCAAAAGGAAGAGGAGGAUCCAACUUCUCUGA